AUGGUGAGGAGGCCUGUCCUCUGCCCGGGCAGAUUUAAAUCGUCCACAGUAAAAGAAUGCAUCCGUGCAAUACUGAAGGAGAAGCUGGCCAACGUACAGUACGUCCCAGAAGAAAUGCCUGAGCUUACGCAGUCUUUAUCAGAGACAAUAAAAGACAGACUGAAAGAGGAGGGUUUUGACAGGUACAAAAUGGUGGUGCAGGUUGUGAUUGGAGAGCAGAGAGGAGAAGGAGUGAAUAUGGCUGCACGGUGUUUCUGGGAUGCUGACACUGACAGCUACGCUCACGAUGUGUUCAUGAAUGACAGCCUGUUUUGUGUGGUAGCUGCGUUUGGCUGCUUCUACUAUUGAAGAUGGUAAACAUUGCACAGAAGGACAGAGGAGGGGGAGAACGUCUUAGGGUUAUUUUUUGU